GAUGGUGACAUUUUGGCGUUUUUUAUAACGAAUCUACCCCUGAUCAGUUGGUUAAAUUCACUCGUGAAACAUUUCAGUUUUGAUCAUUCACAUUUUGCUUUCUUGCGCCCAGACAGAGUAGACUUGUCUGCACUAAUUCGCUGGAUUUUUCAAGGAUUUUCCGAGAGGAACCGACUGCACAGUGCUCCCAAGAGAAUCGUUUUUGAAAUGAAUUCCAUCAUUCGCUGUAUUUUUGCUGUUCUUCUGGCUGUCAAUGUUGCAAAUGCCCUGCAAUGUUAUCUGUGCGUAGAAGGUCGCAAUAUGAAAUGCACGUGGGAAACUAGGACAUGUCCUGGAGCUGACACUGCUUGCUUCAAGAUGUCAUUAAUAGAUCCUGAAGGGUAUGAGAUAACAACAAGAGGAUGCCUCGAUUUAAUACAGAGCUGCGAAAGAGAGUUAAAGGCUUUGAAAGACGUGUACGACAGAAACGGCAUUGGCUUUUUCCAUGCAACCUGCACCACUUGCCAAGGCAACAAAUGCAACUCGGCCACCAAACUCACCGGAUUCGCCUUCUUUGGACUGGUUUUUGCAACCGCAGCUUUCUUGCUUCAAUAGCGAGGAUUCGUUCUGUGCAUGAUUCUCCAAUCUUGUGUGUCGUGCAGUUAAUUCCCUAACCCAAUAUUCAGCUUCAGACAAUAUCCAUUCAUUCAUUCAUUCCUGUUCAAAUAUCGAGACUAGUCAUAGCGAGAUUGUUGGGAAAUACAGGUACUUAAUAGUUAUCAAUGUAUCGAGGGCGCGAAAUAUGCUUUUAUGGACCGCAUCGUGUAUGUGAGAUAUUAACACGCCAUGAAGGCCCAUAAAAGCACGUUGAGCCCGGAAUACAUACAACAUUUUAUGCACUACCGGUAUAGUUGAUUUUCUAUUGGUACUCAAGAGAACUGUAAUAUCAGAUGAUGAACCAUCACAACUAGAACAUAGAUGUCCUGAAUUAUACAGGAAUGCUUAUUUCGAAUAACCUACGCCGCGGGCGAUAAAGUAGUCCGUGAGCGAUAAAGUGCCAUUUUACACCUGGUAGUGCAUAAAUACUUUUUUUUUUUCAAUUGGUUCAAAAUAUAUGAAUGUCUAGUCUCAGGUUUGUCUAAUUACCAAUGUGUCUUUUGAAAGAGUUUCCAAUUGAAAUGGAACAAAUAAAAACAUUCUGAAUGUAUCGUGGUUCGACAAAUUGUAAUAUAGCGAAUGUUGGAAUUUGUAUCAGUGUCAUGUUUGAGUGUAAACUGGUCCUUUCGACUGUACGAAAACCAAGUUUAUGAGAGUUUAUCAAGUUGCUCAUGGUUACAAAUAUUACUUCGUGGAAGUUUACUUGUACAUGAUCUUUAGUUGAUGGUUGCAUCGUGAUUAUCGGUAAUUAUCGUUCACCAAAUUCUCAAGUAGGUAUUAUAUAAAUAUCAAUAGUAAUCUGGGCUAUACCAAACUAAGUAUUAUUUAUUCGUUGGAGCAUACAGUGGAAACACAUAGGAUGUUUCAAAAAUUGUUUGAGAAAUACUCUCCUCAGAAUUGAGAUGUAAAUUUAUAUUUAAUUGCAACUUAUUAUUCAUCAUUCUUGUACUAAGUUUGCUGUGUUGAUUAUGUUGCUUGACCUGUAAU